GCCGACUCCUUUUGUAAACCAGAAGAGGGUUAGGGUUCCAAUCGUGGGUUCCAAUGUAGCGGGCACAGUUUACUGCGCACGCAUUCGUUUUAAUAUCGCAAGUACCGUAGCAAUAUUUAUUUCAUAAAUGGAGUCAAACAUUCUGCUUGAGGUUGAGACCAAAAUUAAGGAGGUCGAGGCGGACAUCAAAAAGACCGUGACCGAGAUUGAGGACGCUACACGCGAGAUUAAGGCUCUGGAGUCUCAGAUUGCUCAGCCUGAGCCUCCUGCAGACAUUCAGGAUCUGCGCAGGAAGCAGGAGCAGCUGCGCGAAGACCGGCAGUAUCUGCGUAAGAGGGAGGAGCAGCUGCGUGCAUAUCUCGUGCACUUGUGUAAGGAGGAGGAGUAUCUGCGUAAGAAGGCGGAGCAGCUACGCAAGAAGGAGGAGGACCUUUGCUCUGCGGCGGCGAAUAGUGUCGACACCAGCGAGCUGGACGUGGAGUCACAAGAGGACGAACAGCUUCCGGGGCAGGAGACGCGCUAUCAGUUCGCGUCCUUAAAACAGUUCCUGCAGAAGUUCCGGCCGCCACCGUUGGCGCUGUCGUCGUGCGACUCAACGCAGACCACCACGAAGGACAUUCAGCCGCCGUCCAAAGUACGGGAUUGGCAAGCGUUUGAGCCGGACUGUCAGGAGCAGCUGAAUGCGGUCGAGGAGAGCGGUCCUGCCGUUGGUUUUACGAUGUAUCCGUCCAUGGACUCGGUAGGCUGCGAGGCAGAGCUGCAGGACCAGCUCCUGUGGUGCUUCCUGAAUCCGCUGCAAAUAGCGGCCUCCAAGUCCUUCGUGUGCGGCCGCAUGCGGCGUGACGUGGAGGGCCUGCCUGCCAACUCAGGGCGCCCGGAUUUCCUGCUUCUGUCCGGCGACCGCAACACUGUACUGGUGGCGGUGGAGGUGAAAACAUCAGCUGCGCUCUGGGUGCCUCCCGGCCGCAGCUUGCCGGAUGUGUACGCCGAAGCGGGUAAGAACAGCAAGAUUGUGAAGGCCGUACACCAGCUGUACAGCUACCUUGACCGCGUGCCGUACGGCGUGCUGCUGACGGACAAGCAGCUCUUCUGCAUGCGGCGCGAGCACGACGAGUUGCUGUGCAGUCCCAGCAUUCCGCUGACAGCAGAGCAGGGCGAGGCGGCGGCGGGCGGUUUCGGGGCGGGCUCGCUGACCGCCGCGGCGGCGCUGUACUGCACCUUGAGGUGGUCCCAGGCGUGGUGGGUGCAGCGCCGGCAGCAGCAGCCCAGUGGCGGCAGCCCAGCGGGCGGCAGGGGUCGCAGGCGGAACACAGCAGACAACCGCCAGCGGAGAUCCAUACUUCAAGGGCUGCUGCCUGCCUGGAUGGGUGCGGCCGUUGCGGCUGCUGGUGCCGCGCCCGAGCCCACGGCACCCCGGCCGGCGGUCGUUGCGGAAAGCAGGUGCACCUCCAGCCAGCUGUUCCCGGGCUACAGGCCAGACCCGCAGGUUCCGGGGCACACGCCCCGGCGCCUGGCGGAGUCGAGCUCGGCCGUGGUGCUGCAGGGGGAGCUUGGCGGCCGGGCAGCGGCCGUGAAGAUGGUGGACCUGUGGCAGGGGUCGGAGGGCAAGAAGUUGCUGCAGCACGAGGCCCGCAUGUACCAGGCGCUGCAGCCGCUGCAGGGCAGCUACGUGCCGCGACUGCUGGGCUACGGCUCCUGCGACGGCUGGCAGUUCUUCGUGGCCACGAGCUUGGAGGGUCCAUCGCUGAACCUUGAGGACGGCUGGGCUCUUGGGGAGGCGGCCACGCGCGCGGGAGCCCUCGCUGCCCUGGACGCGGUGCACGCGUGCGGUGUCCUGCACGGAGACAUUGCGCUGCGAAACUUUGCACUGGCGGCCUCGCACUCGCCGCCGUUGGGCAUGGGAGGCGGUGGUGCUGCUGGCGGGGCCGGGGGAGAGGGAGGCAGCGCUGGGCAGCAGCAGCCGUGCGUGAUGCUCCUGGACUUCGGGCACGCCCAGCUAGUAACCACUGCAGCCGAGAAGUUUGGCGAGGAGCCUGCAGAGUUGUUCCGGCGUGAGCGGCAGGAACUGCAGCAGCUGCUGGGGUGCGAACGUCCGCUGCCGGCUUGUGCAGCUUGGGGCGCACAGGCGGCAGCUGCCGCAGGAAACAGCGCCGUGGGCAAUGACCAAGAGGUGCAAUCGGGCUCGUCGGACGUAUGCGCAGCUGCAGACGGUUCGGUAGCAGCGAACAGGCCCAGCCGCUUCGCAGCCGCGCACUGCAGCCAGACGCAGGCCAUGUGCCUCCCGCCAGCACCACCCUCAUCCAGCAGGCCAGGCGGACUGGGCGGGCGCCGCCAGCAGCUGCAGCCGCUCGUGCCUCGCAAGAUCCAGUGGCUCGCCCAUCACAGCGGCCACAGCAUACCGCGUGCGCCAGUGCGAAGCCUGUAAAAAGGCUUGACAUAGGAGGCGUGUGAUAUCGGUGGCGGCUGCGGCAGGUCAGAGGUUCGGACGGCCAUUUUGGGUAAUGGCUGUGCUGUGGCGCUCCACCGCGUCGCCAAGCAGCUCACGGGCGGCAGGCCCAAGGAGGAGGUGGUGGUGGGGUGGGGUUCGUGGGCCUUCCAGGGAGGGAAGGGCGGCUCCCCCAUCUCCGUCAGGGGCGGGCGCGCGCCGACGGGGCGGCUCAUCAAGCUGCUCCGUGAGUGCUACGCCAAGCAUGUGUUCAUCAUCGAUGAAUACAAGACCUCCAAGACCUGCUAACUGCGGGUGUCAGGAGAUGGCCAUCAAGCGGCUUGGGGGGCUGAAGGAGGGGCAGCGGCCCUGGUCGGUCAAAGUCUGCAACGACUGCUUGACGACCUGGAACCGCGACGUCUCUGCCGCCAACGUGAUUCGUGUGCUCCUCCUGCUGAAGCUGAUGGGCUUCGAGCGGCCGACCAAGCUGCAGCGGCCGCCAUGGCCGCCGGCGGCGGCGGGGCCGGGCUGAGAGCCUAAACGGCGCUAGCAGGGCGUGGGGCUGAGGGUGCACGUGUCGAUUGGCGGCGAGUGACGUGACUAGUUUGUUAGCUGCGGGUUAGCACGGACUGUGCACCCCACCCAACCGGCCACGUCCGGAUUUGCGGAGCUGCCAAAGGCCCCCAACAUAGAGGCGUGUGCUUAGUAGGCGCCCGCGUCAAGAUGGCUGGGUUGAUAACGACCCGGGAGGGGAGGGCUCAGCCCUUUUCCUGCCUCCCUAAGGCAGCCACCUCCUUGUUAUUGACUGCUGCGUUGCUUGCUGAUAAUGCUAGGCACACUCACGCGGGGUAGGCCCAUGCACAAGUAUGCUUGGUAUUACUACUGGGAGGCGUGGUGUGUUUGCCUGAUGUGUGCCUGUGGCAAGUUUUCACGGGGUUCUAUGUUUUAGGGCCUGCGGUUGUUAGCGAAUUGCGGUUACAUGCAAGUUAACGGUCAUGCACAGAGCCAGAGCCCCAAGAACGUACGAGACACGUGCGCACGCCCGGGUGUCAGUAAUAGCUGCCGUGGGCCUAUUGUUGCAAGGAGGAUGAGGAGUAUGUCGCUGCGUUGCUGUGUUGCGGAACGGUUCUGUCACCAACUAGCCUGCACUGCGCCAACUAGUCCGGAGGACGAAAUUAUUUCUGGCGCACUCUGGCCUGGUGCGGUGUGUAGGCGGUGUGCGGCCUGUUGAGCCAGCACUCAUGGAAGCGCUUAUGAGGCAGCGUGCGACCUGCGCUCGGAGAAGACGCUGCUGAUUAUAAUCCUGGGAAGCAGGUCCAGACAAGUGUUCCCCGAUCACGGGAACAGGGGCUUGAGCCCUUCCAUUCUCUGAGGCCGAACAACCUCAUCGCCCG